AUGAGUAGUACAGUUUUUGAAAUUAUUCAUUCUACAACGUGUUUAUCUACAACAAAAUGUAAAAUGAUAUCUUCAUUAAAAAAUACAUUAAACCAGCUUGAAUAUACACAAUUAUAUCAUUAUUACCUAAACCAAGAAAAUGAAAUGGUUCAUAAUGAAUUACUUCAUUUUUUUAUCAAUAACUUCAAUACUAAUUGUCUAAUUUUAAUAAAACAAGAAACUGAUUUGAAGAUAGAGUCAGACAAAUGUGUUUUACUUCUUCUUCAAAUUGUGUUGAAAGAACCAUCUUUAGUUUUAUGUCAGUCUUCUCUUUUUUCAAUUAAUGAUUUAUUCCAAGUUUGUUCAAGACAUUUAUUAACAAAAUCAUUAGUUGAUUUAAUAAUCCAAUUUAUUACUCUUCUUCAAUCUAAUAAAUUUUUGUUAAACAAAGUUUCGAUAGAUGAAUUAUCUUUUCAUUGUAUGAUUAAAAGUCUUUAUUUAUUAUUAUUAGAUUCUUUGGAUUAUUCUGUUUUUAUUUUAUUUAAUCAAUACCUCUUAUUAUCACCUGUAGAAUUAAUAGCAUCAUUAUUUAGUCAUUAUAAUAUUGAUCAUUUAAUUCAAUCUACUUUAUUAUCAAAAAUAUCAGACCAAUGUAUCCAAUUCCUUCGUAUAUUAGUUACUACAUUAUCAAAUGACUUUUUAGAAAAAUACUUUUCUCGUUCUCCAUUAUGUGAUUAUUUGAUUGAAUCUUUUUUUGAAAAUCCAAAUAAUGAAGUUUUAAUUACUUUAUUAACUUAUACCCAAUUAUCAUCUUCUAUUGCAUUUCAAAUAUUAAAAUAUUUACCUCCUUUCUAUCACUGUAUUUUAUUAUUACCUCAUCUCAUUCAUUAUAUUCCUAAAUCCUCUGUUAUUGAGUACUUUCAACAAGUUAUUUUUCAUCUUGACAGACAAACAUUAGACAAAAAUUUUAUUGAAAUUCUUCUCUCUUUUAAUGAAGAAUCUUCAUUAGAUAUUUCUUCUAUUAUUCCACAAAUUAUUAAAUAUAUUGAAGAUAAUGAUGUAGAGCAAAUAGAACAAAUCCUUAAAUUAAUUCACCUAAUAACAUUACCACAAUAUUAUUUAUCUUUUUUGAUAAGUGGUGGUUUACACGUAUUGUUAGAUUAUGGUUGUGUUGAUCAGUUAUAUUCAUUACUCAAAUGUUCAUUAUUUGAUUUUAUUCCAAAUUUUCAUUUAAAUAAAAAUGAUAUUCCUAGUUCAUUCCAACAACUUCAGUUAUCUAUAGACACUACUCCAUCAUUAGCAAUUCUUUGGUUAUCUUUAUUAUCUGAACCACUUUUUUCUACUGACUUUAUUUCCACUAUCCAACCACAAGAUUCUAUUGGUUCCGAAUUAUUAUUAUCAAUUCAAUUACAUUUGAAAAGUAAUUGUACUCAACAAUUUCCUGCGAUUUUAUUUGGUGAUACUCCCUUUACAGGAACUUUAUCAUAUCCAUUUCUUGAUAUUCUUCUUUCAGAAGAAAAUGAAUUUCUCAUUCAACAAAAUAAAGAACUUAUUAUUGUUUCAAUUCAAGGAAUAUUAGAUGAUCCUUCCUUUACUUUUCUUUCAUUUAAAGAGAAGCAAGAAUUUGAAAUAAAAGUUGAAUGGGUAAAUUUCAUAUUAAGUAAAUAA